UUCCUUUCCAUAUUUAAAACAGAGAAAAGGUGUGUGGGGACAAUUUUAGUAAGAUGCUGCCAGUCAUGAUCAUUACCACUUACUGUGCUGUCCACUGUAGCUGAUAAUGACUUGUUUGAUGUAUUUCUGGUAAAGUGUGACACUGUGGAUCAAGGAAUGUUAAAUGGCUGUACAACUUGGAAUGUCCUAUCCAUCUGGCAUCUAUUGUCAAGCCUCACACCGAUACUUUCACAGACAGUGUGAAAUCACUCACUUACAAGAUAACACCUCACAAUGUACACAGGUGUGGGCAUUCCCAAGAUGUCCCCUAACGUAACACAUGGGAUAACAUCAAUUCGCAUUGCUGUCCCAUGACUUUUGGCAUGUGGCAGUGUAUAUAAAUAAACCAACUAAUGUACUAAUAUACAUACACUUACAAGUACAGAAUCAGUAUGGCCGUCUCCACACACACACACACACACACACACACAGACUGUGUGUGUGUGUGUGUGUGUGUGUGUGUGCGCGAUCCUGAUAGGAGUUUAAAACUCUCCUUAUCUUCUAAUUGUACAGCAGUAAAGUCUGAAGUAUCAUUUUACACACACACACCUGUUAUUGAUACACAGGACCCUAGUUAUUAGCACAGUGGGGUAGCCUUUAGCCUAAGUAUAGCCCCGUGUGUGUGUGUGUGUGUGUGUUGUCCUGCUGAGUAUUUAUAUAAAGCACCACAGGUUUGUGCAGGUGCACAGGUGCAGCGAAAGAAAGAGAGAGAGAGAGAGAGAGAGAGAGAGAGAGAGAGAGAGAGAUAGGCAUGCUAAGUUGUGCUGUCCUCUAGCUCGUCCUGUGUGUAGUCUCAGUGAGAGAGUGUGUUCAGUGUUCGGGGUUACAGGUGAAGGUGAUCAAACAAAAGGUAAGUAAAAUCUCCAGAUCUUCCUUCUACUUCUGCUGCAUCUGUUUAUUUCUGAUUGCUCCUAUUGUGAAUUUCAGUUUUGACAUAAUGUGAAUAUAGUACUCUGUAUUAUGACACAAUGUCAUGAUGACUGGACUGAUAGCAAGAAGUCUUCUGAUUUUCUAUUGAAAGGUUUUGAUCUAACAGCACACUAGAGAAAUUUUGCCACCAUGAUGAAAGCUGUGCUGAUGUGUCUGAUUGGGUCCAUCACUGCCAUACCUGUUCCUCAAGUGGAGGAAAUGCAGUCAGGAAGUGGGGAUUUCUCUACUGCUGAAAACAGAGAUCCAACAACAAACCCUGAGGCUGUUCCCACAGACAGCAGCACCACACUAUCUCUUCUCCACACGUUCUGGCGUUCACCCAGAACAGGACUCAGAGCCGUGGGGGAAAGCUUAAGCUCUGGUCCAUUAUUAUCUGACCAGCUUCUGGAGGUCACUAUGCCACCUAGUGCUGAAGAAGGUGUGAUCCCGACUGUUCCCACUGCUGUGGAAAUGGGGGCUAACAGGCUUACAGAAGCAGAACACUUUAGUCCAAGCCCAGGUCCACCAGAGAGCUGGACAAUGACUACCUCAGGACACCAAAACUCCCGGACUGCUGGUGGCAAGUCUACGGGUUUCCCUUACAGCUCCCAGACCAGUGACUUAAAACCUCAACUUCAGUCCAGGACCAUCCAUAAUGAGACAAACCAGCAACAGGAUGGUUUAACACAUGCACAUCUCCGGGUCCGCCGUGCCGAAGACGUCGCCCAGGACGACGAUGAGGGGGAAAAUGAAGAAGGUGCUGGAGAUGCUGACAAACAGAUGAAAAAGAUUCCCAAAAGAGGCAAAGGAAAGAGAGGUAGAGGUCAGGGGUGGCUAGAAAGGGGGUGGAGAGGACUGGGAUGGGGAGGACUGGGAUGGGGGAGGCAGACCAUUAGACAGGAGAAGAAACCAAAGAAGAGCAAGCUCACAGAUUUCAGCUUUGAGUUUGAUGACUUUGGCCUGCUGGACGAUGACCCCGGUCACCCAAAAGAGGCUCCAGCCAAAACCCCACAAGCGCCAGCUGCCGCUUCCAGCAGUUCAAGCAGUUCAAGUGAAUCUUGUGAUUCGAGCAGCUCAUCUAGCAGCUCUUCUAGCAGCGCCUCUACCAGUUCCUCAAGUGACUCUUGCGGCUCAAGCGAUUCAAGUGACUCCACUUCUUCAAGUGACUCCAGUUCUUCCAGUGACUCUUGUUCCAGCUCUAGUUCAAGUACUUCCAGUAGUUCAAGUUCCAGUGACUCCAGCGAUUCUUGUGGCUCUAGUGAUUCAAGUGAUUCCAGUGACUCUAGUGAUUCAAGCGAUUCAAGUGACUCGUGUGGCACGAGCAGCUCCACCAGCAGCUCCAGUGACUCUAGUGAUUCGAGUGACUCUUGCAGUUCAAGUAACUCGAGUGAUUGAAGCAGCUCAAGCUGAUUCAGAGCAUCAGAGUCAUGUAAAUCAAACAACUCCCCUACUGAAUCAAGCUCCUGAUUCACUGACACAAUAACCUGUAAGCUUUAAUUACUGUAAUAUUGGUUCUUAACAUAUAUUUCAAAACAGUGAUAGCUCUGUUAGAAUCAUACAAUGUUUUCUAGAUCCUUUUUUGUGUUUUAUUGGUGUUGUGUAAGCUGUUAAAUAAAUAUGACUUAAUAUGUAAUAA